UCAGGUGGACUCUUGCGAAGCUAAGAGUUCGUCGGGGUCUGAAGGUUGACGGAGGUGGUGUCGCGAGAAGAUUCUUUAUUAUCCGCGCCAUGUUAUCAUUCAACAACCAACAGUGACAGCUGAUUAAUGUAACGAGUGCACUCGUCUUGGCGUCAUUGCGUACGCUUGCACUCACUUCGCACUGCGAAGGAGAUUCGGUAUAUCGCGCGGGGAGAACGUACAUGCAACAUUGGAUCGGAUAAACGCUUUUGAGAAAAUUGUACCAGAGCAGUUGCUCUAUAUCCAGCGAUCAUGGAACAAGUGAUCGCAUUAAGUACACAAAACCCAUUGUCUUUAUUAGUUAAGUUUGGUAUGAUGGCUUGGAACAAUAGUUGUGGCACAGAAAAUUGUUCUGGUCAUGGAGAAUGUCAUAAUGGGACAUGUUUAUGCGAGAUCCAAUUUGAUGGACCAGAGUGCCAUAUUCCAAAUUUAAGUUAUUACAUUGCCUUUGCUACAAUGUUCUUCAUAUUAGCUUUUGUUUGUUUAAUACAACUCGUCAUGUGCAUUGUUGCUGAAUGGCAAAGAAUGAAGGCACCAUCAUUUUUAAGAGCAUGCAGGGUUACUACUCAGAAAGUAUUAUACUUUGUGGUUUUCCUUGCAUCAAUUAUACGAGGCGCAUACUUUACGUCACCGACUGCCUUUAAGGAGGGUUGGUCCAGAAGUUUACUGUCAGCAUAUUAUCCGUUGCUCCUAAGUGGAUCAUCAUUGAUCGUCUGUUUUUGGGCCGAGGUCGUUCAUCUAAGAGAUAUUCGAUGGGACAAGCCUCAGUUUUUGUCCAAAUCUUUUUUGGCCUUUGUUGUUUUCAAUAUAAUAACGUAUUCUCUUUUACUUGCGGACUUUAUCACAGCUCAGAUGUAUUCGCCCAAAGAUCAAAGUUUUUAUACACACGUCUUCAAUGGUUGUUAUGCUGUACUACUGUUUAUAGUGGUGGUUUUCUUCUUGAUAUAUGGAGUUGAAGUGUUUUUCAAAAUUCGUGGCGGAUUCUUGAAUGAAUACCAAGUUGCUUCUAUAGCAACAAAUAAACGUAUAGCUGACGAUACGAAAGUUCAUCCUGAGGAGCAAGUAACCGCAAAAUUGUUUGAUCCAGUUCCAUCUACAUCAGAGUCUUUGCAUAUGCAACAAGUGAACAUGUCUCAAUUGCAUCAGUCUAGAUUUGGAUUACUUUCACAAGCAUUUAUGCUAUUUAUAAUAGUCGGUUUUCUAUUUAGUGAAACCCUCAGUGAAUUUUGGAAAACGAAGGUGCCAUUAUACAGCAGAAACUGGCAUGAUGUCGUGUUCCGUGUUAUUGAAGUUGGCGUAGCACUGUGGUUUCCCUGUGUCUUAUGGAAUUGUAUGAGUCCGGAGCAAUUGUGGAUUUUAAAUCCAAAGCGAAUUUUGAAAAAAUUGGAUCUGGAUCAGGGGAAACAUAUAAAAGAAAUAGAAUUACAAGAGAAAGGCGCAUCCCAAGACACUGCAUUUCUUACAGAUGCAACGUCGAUUAACAGUAAGGAUUGCUGGAUUUGUUAUGACAGUGAGAGACAGGAUGCUGGUCCGUUAAUACAACCGUGUCAAUGCAGAGGCGAUGUGAGCGCUGUACAUCACGAUUGUCUUCGUCGUUGGCUGGUUGAGAGUUCUGUAAAUGCUGACAGUCUUACUUGCAAAGUUUGUGGCACAAACUAUAACGUUGAGCAUGCAAGCCGAUUGGAUUGGCAAAAUGGUUUGACACCACGUCACUGUUUACAAACGAUCGCUAUUGUUACGACGAUGUGCGCGUCCUCUGCUGCCUCGUGGAUAGUUAUUCAACUUGUAGAGGCGCCUAUUAUCAGAACGCUCGCUGCUGCCGCUGCAUUAUUGAUUAUAUACGUGUGCAUAAGAUUCUUGGGCUUGAACACUGUUGUGGCAUAUCAACGGGCUAAAAUCUCGUCGUUGAAUAUUGUCAAUAGCGGUAGUGAGAGCAGUGGGAGUAGUGCACAUGUUGCGACAAUUAGUCAUACGAUUUCCGUAGAUCUGACUAAAUCAGACAUGGCUACGAUAUAAUUUACACUUGCCAUUUUCCGUUCAGUGGAAAAAGUAGCUCAGUGAAUGCUUAGUGAUUAUUAUUUGUGAUUGAAGUAUUCUUUUAAAUCUUUGAUAAAAGAAUCCAGAAAAAUGAUCCAGGAGAAUAUACCAAUCAAGAGCAAUAAUCGUAAAGUGCUCGCUGAGCUACUUUCUCUGCUGAACAUAGCCAUUGUUUUACAAAACAUAGGUAUUUUCCUGCUUGAAACAAAUUCAAGAUAGGAAAAGUAAAAGGUAGUGUAGAUCGGUUAGCUCUUCAAACAUAUGUAUAUAGCGACGGUUAUUAAGAUAUAGUAUGUUCUUAUUCAGAAGUUUUAUAUAUCUUCGUGUUUAUAGAACACGCUGAAAGCAAAUGUAUUGUGUCUACAUUUUUUAUCAAUAUCUGAUCAAUGAUUCAUAGAGAAGAUAUGCCAAAUUUUCUUAUUACAUCUCCUGAUUAUUUAGUCUAUUAAACGUUUUUAAAUGGUAAGUCGAAGUUUUGUAUAAGUUUCAUAUAUCUUACAUUAAGUAAUAUUUAUAAGGUCUUAUAAAUACGGACAAGUUAUGUUAUAGUUUACAGCUACUUUAUUAGUUAUUUUUCGUUAGGUGUUGAUAUUAUGUUAAUGAUAUAUUUUAUAUUUUGUACUGCAACAAAAUUUGAAUGUACCAAACCUGAAACUUUUUAUGAAAUCGAAGUAUAAAUUAUAGUAUAAGUAGCUGUAAUAAUUAAAAAAUGCUGGCGUCUUUUGAAAAUUAAUCUUAGU